AUGUAAUAAUAAAAGAAAUCUCAACCUCCCGCUGUUUUAAAUAGAACAAGAUCUCUUGGAAAGCAAUAAUAAUAAAAGCCAUAAUAAUAAUAAUAAUAAUAAUAAUAACAAUAACCUAAAUAAGGUUUUACUUAGCUUCCAAGUUAAAAGUUAACAAGUAUUAAAACAGUUGAUCCUUUCUCUGACAAAUCUAAAUAAAAAACGUAGAAAUAUAUUAAAAAUAAAGAAAUUCAUUUGCUUAUGUUUAUAAUGCAGGUGGAAUACCAUGUAGAGUUAAUCAUGGUUGUAAUACUAUGAAAUUAUAAUGGAAUUAAGGAGUUGAAAUUAGUCAUUUACCUUAUGAUCCAUUAAUGGUAACAUGUUUUGAAGGAUUGAUUGAAGAAGCACAUCCAUAUUGUUUAAUUGCCACUAAUGCUAUAAAAGAUAUGCUCAAUGAAUAAGUUUUAAAUUUAAAUUUUAUAAUCUUUUAGAAUGCUCAAGAAAAAGUCAUACCUAUUCUAACAAAAUUAGUUUGGCCUUUAAGAACUGCCUUAUCUAGUUAAAAUGAUAAAGUUUUUAUGUCUUCUUUGGAAAUUUUAAAGUAAGUCUUAUUAUGACUGAAUUCAGAUUACUCUCCAAUACUGUAGGUUCUCAUCUUAAUACUCAUCUUAAAAAUCUCCUAGUUCCAUUGAGUAAAAGAAUGGAUAAAAAGAAUUAGAAGGAAAUUAUACAAGAUGUUUUAAGAUAAAUACAAGAUAAUGGGGUACUGAUAUUAUAUCAUUAUAUAAAAGGGACCAGAAACAUUGAAAUUAAUCAAAGUAGCUAUUCCUACUUAUACAAAUAUGUGAGAAUUUUAUUAAAUAUAUAAUUUAUAUUCAAUUAUGAAAGCACAUGAUGGUCUUAUAUUAAUUUAGAAAUAUACAUCAGAAGAUGAUUGUUUAUUUUGUGAGAAAUAUGGGAGAUUACCAAUAAUAAAGAUUAAUUUUGCUCCACUAUUGAAUAGAGUAUAUAAAAUUGUAAAAUGAUUUACAGGCACUUUAUACAAAAUAUUCAUAAUCCUCAUGGCAAGGUAAAAAAUUUGAAGAUUUCUUUUCAACUAAGUCAAUCUAAUGGAUUAUCUAAUUUAAAGAUAAAUUAGUAUAUGGUGACCAAGAUGAAUUUUUAAAGAGGUAUUUUUAAUCAAAAUUUCAUUUAUAUAGAUAUUAUCCAUAUAGAGAUCACCAAGGUAAAUUUGAUCAACUCUUAGAAUAUUACAAAUACCAUAAAGAUAUUCCAAGAAUGUUUAUACCAUAACUCUCAGAUUUAGCUAUCUUUUAUUAUGAAAAAAAGAAGUAUUUUUAUAUCUGUAUCUAAUUUUAGACAAUUAGAGUAUAGGAAAAUUAAAAUUAUGUUAGGUAUUCCAAUUGAAGAUGAUAGCAAUUGCACAGGUAUUUAUUUUUAAUAUAUCAAGAAUAUGAGAAAUUAAAGGAAGAAAUCAAAGUUCUCAACAGUAUUACAUAAUAAUCUGAAGUAUCCAGUCUUUCUUUAUUAAGAGACUUGUUAAAAUCAAAAGGAAAUGAAGAAAUUAUGGUAUUUGAUCCUCCAAUUAUUAGAAUAUUGAUGCUACUUGGAUUACUAUGGUAAACAAUCAAUAACUUAAAACUCCAUAAUAGCCAUCCAAUUUAAAAUUACUAAAAUAGUUGAUAUCCAAAAAUACUUAAUUUUACAAAGAUAAAUUGCAUACUAAAGCUAAUGGAUUAAGUAAAAGAACUAUUUAAAAUUCACCUUAAUAAAAAGUUCAUUUCAAAACACUUUCAAAAGAUACUUCAUAAAAGUCUUUACCCUCUUCUAACAAAAUAAUAAAUAAUAGUAAUGGAGAUAGUGAAUUUAAGAAGUUCUUAAAAUAAUAAAUGGUUGUAAUCAAUCAUUCUAAUCCUUGUAAUUAGAAUAAUGUGAAAUAAUAAGCCAAACCUAUAUAAAUAUCUAAUUAUCAAUCAAAAUAAAAUAGUAUUCAUUAGAUUAUGAGUACAAGAAGUAUCUCAUCUGAAUAAUUAAAAUUAAUUUAAUCCUAAUAAAUCCUUAAACCCAAUCACUCUAAUAAAAUUAAUUAUUAAUCUAAACAUAAAAAAAGUUAAACUUAAACUCAUUAUACUGAAAUCAAUUCUCCAAAUAAACACACAAAAUAACCAUCAAAUAACAUGCAUACAAAUAUAGGAAUUGAAUUUAAAUAAGCCUUAAGUCAUACAAAAUCAACAGAUAAAUUAUUUAAAGUGUAUACUUCGUAAUCAUCAAUUCCUUUAUCUGCAAACAUAAAUAUAAACAUUGAUUAGUUAAAUAUGAAUAAUCUCAAUAUCAAAUCUUCAUUUUAACAAUACAAGGCUAUGCUCGAAAGUCCAAAAAUUAAUACCAAAAAGAAGACUCAAUCGAAUGUUGAAACCUAAAGAGUCAACAAUAAUAGUGGCUAAAAAAGUAAUGUUUCUUUAAAAAAAUCAUAACUCUCAGUUUAAUAAUUAUAUGCUUAAAAAAUCAUAUCAAAGAAUAGGAUUUCUUAAAAAUGA